AUGCCACAUCGCCAACUUUCCUUAUCGCUGUCGGGUCAGGCCCCCCCUCCAUCCUACCAGGGUCAGCACACCGACGACCCACACGUCCCUGGCUACGCGUUCGAGCCAUACGCCCCUUCGCCCCCGCCAUCCACCACCACCCACCACCCGAUCUCCACAAUGGGUCUUCCACAGCCCAAGGAAAAGGACAAGCCUCACAUCAUGAUCAUCCCAGACACUCCCUACCUCGCCCUCAAAGGCACAGGCCCCGACGUCGAGCCAACCACUCUCAGCGGAAAUGUCGUUCUCUAUCUCACAGAAUCCACCACACUCAAGGAGAUCACCCUCCAGUUCAGAGGCAAGGCCCGCAUACCAAUGCCUGCUAAUGAAUCUUUAAUUAACAACAGCACCUACAUCACAUAUGUCGUAUGCAACCACGACUGGUCCUUUCUCGAAUCCGGCUCCUCGUCCUCUUCUUCUUCUUCGCACAAGCGGCACUCGCGCACUCUCAAAGCCGGCAAACAUUACUUUCCCUUCUCCCUCUCCAUCGGCGGCACUCUUCCCUCAUCUAUAACCACACCCGCCCUCGGAGGUGCCAGUGUUGCAUACAAACUUCGUGCCGUUGCAACCCGUACGGGACUCGCCCACAAUCUACAGACCAUCAUCCCCGUCCCCCUCCUCCGCACCUUCACCCCCGAGGCCCUCGAGUACCAGCAAACCCUCGAAAUCGAAAACACAUGGCCAGACAAGAUGAUGUAUGCCAUCAUGCUCCCACACAAGGCCUGGGCCGCUGGCGAUACACUAGGUGCAGUGGUCAAGUUCAGUCCGUUGGGAAAAGGCGUCAGAGUCGCCAGCGUGGUUAGUACCCUCUGGGAGACUACCAAAAUGUAUGCCCGGAGCGGCACCCAGGAGGAUACCAGGCCUGUGUGCAGCAUCCGACACGAAAUUGUUGAUGGCCGCGCGGUGGAGGUCGAUUGGAGUUCAAAUCCCAGUGGGAGCAAAAGUGCCGGCACAGACAGCGGUGGCCGCUCAAAGCUGGGAGCGUUCAAUUUUGGGAUAGGUAACUCCCGCCCGACGUCGGCACAGGGCUAUAGAGAUUUUGGAUAUACCGAUCCGUCAGCUUCGGGUCCUUCGUCGGCCUCUGGCUCGGAUGGGAUGACAGAACAGGCGAGGAGGCGUCUGCAAAGAGAGCAAGACGAAGAGCAAGAGCGACUGUUAGGAUACGAGAACCACGACGUCGUGGCGUGCAUUAAAAUGCCUAUCCCGCUGUCCUCCUUUGACUAUUCCGCGUCUGGGAACGCUUCUGCAGUAGGCACGCCCACCCACACCCCAUAUUCUGCCCCGUCCUCCGCAUCAACUUCAACCUCACACUUCCCCUCCUUAUCAUUAUCCUCCCACUCAAACCACUCGCCAACGUCGCCAUUCGCAGGUGUGGCAGGGUCAUCCUCGUCAUCGACCCCGCCAGUGCUCGUGACGCCAUCACACGCGCUCGAGCCAGUAGUGGUUUCCCAUCGAUUAAGAUGGAGUAUUUUCAUUCAAAACCGCGACGGACACAUCUCCGAGCUGAGGUGCAGUCUCCCCGUGACCAUUCUUGACGGGCGUCUCAAGGAAGAGGCAAGGGAUGCAAGUCUCGUGUCGCGCCGCAUGAUGGUGCGCAGCUGCCCAGGGCUUAGCGAUACCCUGGAGAGCGACGACGAGGAGGUGUGGGGUAUCAACCGUGAUGGCGAGGAUGCAGGUGAGGGAGCUGUCGGUUCCCGGGGUGUCGCAGGCGAAGAUGGGCUAGGUAGAGGUGACAGGGAGCUUCCCAGCUACACCGCCCAUGUGCGGGACAGAGUGGCGAACAUGUUUCUCCCCGAAGCUGUGACGGUGCGCGUGGGCAAUCCAUGGGUUGUCGGUGGCGGUAGCGCUGGGGGUAGUGUAGCGAGCAUGCCAACGAGUCCAGCAGCGCUGCUGGUAGACAACGACCCUCUUUCGUUCAGACCGGCCUUGGUGUCUGCAUUGAGUGCUGGUGAGAGUGGCGCAAGUGCCUCCACGAUAGCAUCAACACCUGGCAGCGGGAAUGAGGCGGCUGACGCUCACGUGAUGUCGCAUCUCCCACACGCGCCCCCGCCGACAGGCUCGGGCGCAAGCACCCCGCUCGACUGGGUAAACUCAGAACUGCUGCUAAGCCUAAGCGGUGAUGCAGUGAGGCGCUUUGGGGGCGGGGAGGCUAAUGUGGGGACGCCGGGAACAGGAACGUUCUCGCCUGUACCAGGAGGCAUGCGUACUCCGCCUUCGGUUCUGCAGUAUGUCGCUCCUGUGCCGGGUGCGUAUGGAGGAAGUAGGUGGGGAAGCAGGGUGGGUAGCAGGGCGAACAGUAGAGCUGCGAGUCCGGAGAGAGGUGGAGGCAACGAUCACCAUCAUAGCGGAGAGCAUCCAGAACGCGAGGGUCGCUCGCGUCCUAGCUCCCCUGUCAAUGCGCCUGCGUCGCUGGGGUACGUGUAUGAACCACUACCAUCGGCGCCUAUUGGUUCAGGCGCAUCCUCGCACAAAAGAGCCACGGGUGACGCGUCCUCGUCGUCGCAUGAAUCGCAUGGAUCAGGCCAUGGCAUGCGGAACCUACAGAGUCUGUUCAAAGCUACGAUGAAACCAUUCACGGCUCUCUCGCUUGGUGGGAAACAUAGGCAUGACGAUAAGGACCAUCAUCAUCCUCACCACCAACACCGUGAGGGAAGCAGUACAUCGCAUAGCAGAGAAGGCAGCACGGCGAACAGUCGUAGUAGCUCACCUGUUCCUGACCAAAGUAUACACACGAGCAGCACGUACCCAGCAUCCUCUGCAGCAUCGACGUACACUUACACAGCAGACUCGGUGAUGAAUUUGCCACUCUCGACAUCCCAUGAUCCCAUCGCAUCGCCUGUGGCCUCCAGAGUUUCUGAAGAUCAGUCAGUGCUCACCACUGCAUCGUCAUCAGCAAGUUUGCAUGCAAAUACCCAACCACAAGCGCACUCUAGCUCAUCGCUAGGUCAGCCAUCCAUGUCGACAUCCGAGCUCACAAGCCUACGCCGCGCCGCGAUCUCCUCUCCAUACGCCCAGGCAAACGUCCAGCAGCAGCAGCAGCUCCAGACCCAACAGCAACAGCAGUUGUCAGGACCCGCGUUACUGCACCGUGCGCUUACAGAGGUUCCAGAUUACUCUAUCGCCUCACGAGGGUUCAUCGGCGGUGUAGCACCGCUCAGCUCUAUGAAAGGACUGCCGAGCUACCAGGAGGCCGUCGGACACGGAGGCCAGCAGACAUAUGGAUCGUAUCAGACUUACCACCAAGGCGGCGGAAGGCGACCGAGUCCAUUGUCCGGUAGCGAAAACAGUGCUGGGGAGGGGAGCUCGCAUAUACCCACGAACACGGGCACGAACGCGUCGCCCCCACCCCCGCCGAAUGGACCACGACGUAGUGCUGCAAGUGUGCCGAACCUGACGAGCCAUUUCGCGCAGUCUUUGACUGUUAGCUCGGGCUCGAAUACAACGCCGCCUGUGCCUCCCAUUCCUACAUAUGUGUCAGGUGCGGCGGAAGACGAAGAAAGAGAAGUUGGGAUAUUGCAGCGCUUGGAGAGCGCCGGUGCUAUUUCGGGUCUCGGAACUGUUGCAGGACCGUACACAGCACCCCAGCGUCAAAGAGAAGAUGACGAAGACGACGACGACGAAGAUGGAAAUGGCAUUGAAAUGCGGACACGUUCUCAUACAGUCACCCGUCCAUGA